UGGGCGGGCUCUGGUGAUCCUGCGCACUGAAGGGGCUCCAGGCCGGGCAGAAGCAGCUGGCGGCGCUUAGCCGGGCGGAGGCGGGCUGAGUCUUGUAGGCGCAGGAGGCUUGGUGCGGCGCUGCGGGCCCGGGACGGAGACGGGUCUCCACGGAGCAGCUCGCCAUGCCGCGCCUGCCGCUCUGGCUGCUGCUCCUCCGCGCCCCCGGGCUGUGCUCGGGGGACCGGAGCAGCAGCGCUCUAGAGGAGAUCGCCACCGAGAAGGAGGCGGAGGAGAGCCACCGGCAAGACAGCGUGAGCCUCCUGACCUUCAUCCUCUUGCUCACCCUCACCAUCCUCACCAUCUGGCUCUUCAAGCACCGCCGGGUCCGCUUCCUCCACGAGACCGGCUUGGCCAUGAUCUACGGACUUAUUGUUGGAGUGAUCCUGAGGUAUGGCUCGCCUUCCGUCAGUGGUCAAGAUAAGGCAUUUAGCUGCUCCCAGGAGAGUCGCGCCUUUACAACCCUGUUGGUCAACAUCAGUGGGAAAUAUUUUGAAUAUACGUUAAAAGGAGAAAUAAGCCCUGGAAAAAUACACAACGUGGAGCAGAAUGACAUGUUGCGGAAAGUAACUUUUGACCCAGAAGUGUUCUUCAACAUCCUCUUGCCUCCCAUUAUUUUUCAUGCUGGUUAUAGUUUGAAGAAGAGACACUUCUUCAGAAAUCUGGGGUCUAUUCUGUCUUAUGCCUUCUUGGGAACUGCAGUCUCUUGUUUCAUUAUUGGGAAUCUUAUGUAUGGCGUUGUGAAGCUAAUGAAGCUGGUAGGGCAGCUCUCUGAUAAAUUCUACUAUACAGAUUGUCUUCUCUUUGGAGCUAUUAUAUCUGCUACUGAUCCAGUCACUGUACUGGCAAUUUUUAACGAACUGCACGCUGAUGUUGAUCUCUAUGCACUGCUGUUUGGAGAGAGUGUUCUAAAUGAUGCUGUUGCCAUUGUACUAUCUUCCUCUAUUGUAGCAUAUCAGCCGACAGGGGGAAAUGUCCAUGCUUUUGAUGCAGCAGCCUUCUUUAAAUCUGUUGGAGUCUUCCUUGGAAUCUUCAGUGGCUCUUUCAUGAUGGGAGCAGUGACGGGGGUUGUGACAGCCCUGGUAACAAAGUUUACAAAGCUGCACUGCUUCCCCUUGCUGGAGACGGCACUCUUUUUCCUGAUGUCUUGGAGCACGUUCUUGCUGGCUGAAGCUUGUGGGUUUACAGGUGUGGUAGCUGUUCUGUUCUGUGGAAUCACGCAAGCUCAUUACACAUACAACAAUUUAUCAGUUGAGUCAAGAAGCCGAACCAAGCAACUCUUUGAAGUUCUUCACUUCCUGGCUGAGAAUUUCAUAUUUUCUUACAUGGGUUUAGCCCUAUUUACUUUCCAAAAGCACAUAUUCAGCCCCAUUUUCAUCAUUGGAGCUUUUAUAGCAGUUUUCCUUGGGAGAGCUGCACACAUCUACCCGCUGUCUUUCUUCUUGAAUUUGGGCAGAAGGCACAAGAUCAGCUGGAAUUUUCAACACAUGAUGAUGUUUUCAGGUCUUAGAGGAGCCAUGGCAUUUGCUCUAGCCAUCCGAGACACGGCAACUUACUCUCAUCAGAUGAUGUUCUCCACAACCCUUCUAAUUGUUUUCUUUACUGUUUGGAUAAUUGGUGGAGGCACCACACCCAUGCUUUCAUGGCUAAACAUAAGAGUUGGUGACCAUGUUCCAUCCGUGGAAGAGAUGAAUGAAAGCCGCUGGCUGUACUUCAGAGUUGGAGUUGACCCAGAUGAAGACCCACCACCCAGUAAUGACAGCUUUCAAGUCUUACAAGGAGACGUUCCAGAUGUCGAUAGAAAGAACAGGACAAAGCAGGAAAGUGCUUGGAUCUUCAGGCUAUGGUAUAGCUUUGACCACAAUUACCUGAAGCCCAUCCUUACACACAGUGGCCCCCCGCUAACAACAACUCUUCCAAGUUGGUGUGGAUUGAUAGCUCGCUGCUUGACCACUCCCCAGGUUUAUGAGAAUCAAGAACAGCUUAGAGAUGAAGACUCUGAUUUUAUUCUCAAUGACAAUGACCUCACGUUGACCUAUGGAGACACUAUGAUAACUGCUAAUGGUUCCUCUAGCUCUCACACUGCUACUACUAGCCUUGAUGGCAGGAAGACAAAAAGUAGCUCAGAGGAGGCCUUAGAACAUGAUUUGGGAACAGAAGCACGUGAGGUGAUGAGCAGAGGGACUCGGCUAGUAUUUCCACUGGAGGUGUGACGAUUUAACCAGUCAAAAGACAGCAACAUGCCCAAGGAACCGAGAUGGCUGCCAGCUCCAAUGUCAGUGGAGGUGCUUAGCAAGUUCAAAUAAUGUCUCUUGUACAAGGGGUUUAUUAAGGUUUGAAGUUGCCAGCCUUCAUCCCUCUCUCUUUUAACUUCGUAUAAGAUGCUGGCACUGUCUAAACCAGACAAGUGAAAAAAAAUAGGGUCAGUCUCUCGUUUUACACAAAAAUGCAUACUUGAAAUUUAAAGCAGCAUGCUAUAAUCAUCUCAUUUUGCUGCAGCACUCUGACAAGAGAUACCAGAAUAUUAAAUGUAAUAGCAAGCCAACAAAAGCUUUUGGCUUGGAAAGCAUAGGAGAGGGUGUGGACAGAAAGUGCAAUGUUUAAUUGACUUAUACUUGAAAAAGGAAGGAACAAAAGGCAACAAUCAUACAAUGCAAGCGUAUUAACAUAAACAACCCUGUUCUGAGAUGUGUCACUGAGAAACAAAGUUCUAUUACAUUUCAGGGGAAAUCGUUUUAAAGUCCUCCUCACCAGUAGUUUUUGGUAUUAGUCCAUCUCAGAGGGCAUGUGCUAUCUCUUCUCAUAACCUGAAAAAUGUGUUGACAAUUCUGUAAGAGACUUAUGGUUGCAUCACAAGCAACGUCCAUUUAUUUGCCGUCCAAAAUGUGUAUUUCCUGCCUUGUGCCCUUAAUACAUCAGGUUUUCUUGAUAAAAUCUUAGAGUUCUUUGGUGGCGGGAAUAACUAGUGACCCGGUGACAACUGUUGACAGUGUCCAUCCUCUUCACAAGCGGAGUUUAAUACUGUGAAGACAAAGUAUUGAAUGCAAUGCAACUGCAUAUUCAAAAUCACAAGUAUUCAUACAUCUGGUUCAAGUUCCUGUAAUGUUUCUGGAUUUAAACUCUUGUCUUUAAUCAAGGAGGACGAGCCAACCCAAAUGUUUCUCUUUACAUGAUGCUUUUAUCAGAGCAAAAACAAAGUGCUUAUGUUUCUCUGGAAACCAUAUGGGUGUGUUAGCGGCAUGUUGCACUAGUACCGAGAUAUUUUUAAAUGGUGCUGUGCCUUUCCCCUGUAAUGAUAGAAUAUCAUGUUGUAAUGUGAAAAGAGAAUACUUUAUAUUAGGAUACAGAAAUGCUCAUUUACAAACAAAAUGAAUGAUCUCAGUAAUGCCAUUAGAUCUCCUCCACUUCCCUGCCCAGGAGCUCAGUUUCCAAAAGCAGGCUUCAAAAUAUUGUAAUGUUUUGACUGUAAAGAAUGCGUUUUUUCAAUUGACUACCUUGUAAUUUAAUUGUGACAAAUAUGCUUAGGGAGAUAUAAACUCCCCCUCCCCACCCCGAAAACAUGAAAAAGACUUUUACUUGCCAUUUUAUUUUAGUCUGUUUUGUGAAGCGUAAAUGAAACUGAACCACUCUAAUAAAGUUCCUAAUUCUCUUC